CAUUAGUGUUGCUGUUAAAGCCGGUCUGAUUUCUGCUACAUUCAGCAAGAUGUUUUUCAUUCUGCUGCAUUUUUACAACCAACAUAUUUCAAACUGUUAGCGUUUACUCGGUCUAUAGGUAGCCAGAGUCUAUAUUCUAGCCCAAUUCCUUUUGUGAUUAACUGCCAGCAGAAGAAAAUGAACGGAUUGUCAAUCAGCGAAUUAUGUGGCCUGUUCUGUUGCCCGCCCUGUCCGAGCCGGAUUGCAGCGAAGCUGGCUUUCCUGCCCCCGGAACCCACCUAUGCUCUUCUGCCGGAUCUGGAGUCAACCUCACCUGUGGCCUCUAACCUGGGAGCUUCAGGUUUGCGCUCUCGUUUGGGUGGGGGUGGCAGAAGAGGGAGUGGAGGAGGAGGAGGAGGAGGAGGAGGUUUAAGUGACCGGAGCGGAGAGAGCCGGUGGAAGCUGCACCUCUCUGAGCGAGCGGAGUUCCAGUACUCUCAAAGGGAGCUGGACGGAACCGAGGUCUUCCUCACUCACUCCAGCCGUGGCAACAAAGUAGGAUGCAUGUACAUCCGCUGUGCACCAUCUGCAAGGUACACUGUGCUCUUUUCUCAUGGUAACGCUGUGGAUCUGGGUCAGAUGAGCAGCUUCUACAUUGGUCUGGGCACUCGCAUCAACUGCAACAUCUUCUCCUAUGAUUACUCUGGUUACGGGGUCAGUACAGGAAAGCCAUCCGAGAAGAAUCUCUACGCAGAUAUUGAUGCUGCAUGGCACGCUUUGCGCUCAAGGUAUGGCAUCAGCCCAGAGAAUAUAAUCCUUUAUGGGCAAAGCAUUGGCACCGUACCCACUGUGGAUCUGGCAUCACGUUAUGAAUGUGCUGCUGUGGUACUUCACUCACCCCUCACUUCAGGGAUGAGAGUGGCAUUCCCAGACACCAAGAAGACUUACUGCUUUGAUGCCUUCCCAAACAUCGAGAAAGUGUCUAAGAUCACAUCUCCAGUGCUGAUAAUUCACGGGACAGAGGAUGAAGUGAUCGACUUCUCUCAUGGUCUGGCCCUGUUCGAGCGCUGCCCAAAGGCUGUGGAGCCGCUGUGGGUGGAGGGAGCCGGACACAAUGACAUCGAGCUCUACAGCCAGUACCUGGAGCGCCUGCGCCGCUUCAUCAGCCAGGAAGUAGCUGCGCAGUAAACAUGCCCCUUCGUAACCUCUCCUGCCAGGUUACCAAUUCAGGAGCAAUCUCUGUAAUAUCACAGCUCAGAAUGGCAGAUCUUACAGGCCUGUUAUCAGCAUGUGAACACUUGAUUGUGCUCACUUUAAUAAAUGGUAGACGUGUAUGGAAAAACAAACAAACAAACAAACAAACAAACAGGCUUCAUUCCUGGAGAGUUUGUUCUUCUAUAAGCUGUCGACUCUCUUUUCUAUCAGCCAGGAGCUGAGUUUAGUACCAAGAAGACCUUCAACUUCAGACCCAGAAGAUCACAAUAUGUGAGUGUCGGUCACGUAAAAAACCUCAGAUCUUUGCUUCUCACAUUUGAUUGGUUGAUUUUAGAUUGUGGUUUUUGUGAUCAGCACAAAUGCAAGUUCAUGAACAGGACUAACUAAUAACUCUUUUUGAAGCUUAUAUCUUGUUGGUGUUUAUGUACUACUUUUGUUGGAUCGUGGAUGAGCAUAUAACUAGUCUGUUUUAAAAAAUAGCGUUACCACCUUUUCAGACAAGAAAUCUCUGCUGGUCAGAUUCUGUGUGCGUGCGUGUAACCCUUAUCUUUUUUAGACCAUUAGCUGUUUGUGUUUUUCCAUUAAAAAAAAAGUUAGACGCAGUUCAACGAAUGGAACCUCUGUGUGUUGUGACACGUUUUUAAACGCAAGGCACUCCUACGCGAUAUGCUGAAAAAAUAACAAGACGUGGUGCAGUAGUUAAAGAUGCCCAUCGUGUGUUUAAAUUGAAAAACGAUAUAAUCUAUAUUAAAAAAACAAAACCAAAAAAACCAAAAUGUGUCUAUCUGUGCAGAUAGACACAUCCUUUAAUUGUCCAUAUUCUUGAUCUUCAUUGGGGUUCAAAAUAAGAAUUAAUUAUUUGAAGAUCACCAAUCAAAUGUUCGAAAAUUUGCGACCAUGUUAACUCCCAUAGACGUAGAUUAAAGCAUGGACUUGAGCCACAGCAAGUCAUACAGACUGGGUUCUUUUGACUUGUGUCAGUAAACAACCACCUAGAAACUGCAUAGAAACCAAUUAAUAAUGUCCUGGCAAGCUCUCCAAACAUUCUGGCAUCGUUGCAGCGUACUUGCGAGCAAGUAAAAUAACAUUUUUAACAAUGUUUUUUCAAUAGACCUUAUUCACAGUAGCGCCAUCUUUUGAUUUUUGACCUGAAUGAAAAUGAGGCAGUGAGGGAUCGACUUAUAAUUUUUUUUUCAAUGGCAUCCACUGAAUAAAGUUGUAUAAAACUCUUGGAUCACAUCUAAUUUUCCACUACUAAGGUUUUCUGAAAAUUGUCAACUUGGAAAGAUGUUUUUGAUUUUGUAAUAUUCCAUCAGCUGAACAAUAUAAAACACUUUAAACUACAAUAAAACCCAUCGAACAGACUGUAAAGUCUGCCCCUCACAUCCAAAAUUAAAUUUGGCGCUACUGUGAAUAAGGUUCAUUGUUAACUAGAAUCUCAGACGUUUGGACCCCACUGUGCCUAAAUGCCUAAAGAGAGGCCAAAUUCAUCAUUUUUUCCCUGACAUCCAUCAAUCUGCUUGCGUGUCAGCCAAACACUUUUUUUUUUUUUUUUUUUUUUUUUUUACAUACAGGGAACAGAAUUUGUAUAUAUUUGGCUUUAUAAUCCUUUUUUCCACUGUGUCCCUACAAAUGGAGCUGUGUCAGAGAUCUCUAGAUGUCAUUUAGCCCACUGUGAUGCAUGACAAAAAUGUUAAUUGUUUAUUCUUUCCCUCAACAUUGUAAUCCCGAUGAUUAAUUUUGAUUAAUAGAAUUCACAUAAUACUUUUGUGUAGGGCAAAUUCAAAUUCUUGUUUUGGCUACACAACCAAAACAAACUGAGGACUGUGUUUAUGCGAGACAUCAUUUGGACCGGUUGUCGUUACUGAUAGGCCUAUAUACUAAUUGAAAUGCUUCUUAUUCACAUUUUCAUUCAUGCACCCAACAUACAUGCCUGUUAUUGGUUAUAAUGCUUGAACACUGCAAAAAACAUGUGGUUGAACAUUUUGACCAGAUGGGAGCAAACCUAAAUGUAAUUGGCAUUUCUCACAAUUGGGUAAUUGCAGAAGCUGUGAUUGUAAUCUUAAUUCUUUUUCCGAUUAAUUAUGCACACAUUCCUCACCUUUGCUCUUUUAUGUAAUUAGUUUCUGUCUCUCCAUAUAAAAUGCGCAUUGAUAUAAUGGUGCAUAAAUGACCAUAACACUUAAGUCAACCCCAGACUGACUUGUGAUUGACAGUUUUCUGAGCCGUUCCAGAAUGGGGUCAUGACUUUAAUCCACCGCUGACCUUUUGUGUGUUUGUGUGCGAGAGAAAGAACUGUGAAAGAGCAGAUUUUUUAAAUAUUACUGCAUGUCAGGUCAAGACACGUUGGCAAUGCCUCUGUUUUCUUUUGCUGUUUUUUGCUAUUUCUAUUUCCAUAAAGGUUUGUAUAUUGAGCUAUUUAUAGCUGUAAUUUCUCUUGUAAACAGCUUGCUUUAAUAGAUAUGCUCUUGUGUGUUCUAUGGGUAUUUAACAUGAACUUUCAAAUCUAUUUUUAUAAGGUUGACAAAAUCUUUGCUAUAAGAACAACAAACCUUUCACAGUUUAAGAGCCAGUUUUAAAGGGAUAGUUGUCUUUUUAGACUACAUUUAGGUUCUUUGUUUUGCUUGAAGGUGCCCCCCUGAAAGAAGAGACUUUGAUGUUCAUGUUGCACUUUUCCAUGCAGUAAAAGUAAAUGGGGGCUGAACAAUGUCAAGCUCCAAAAAAUCACCAUUGAAACACCAUAAAAUAACUACCAUUCAAAUAUAUCAUAUGAAGAUGUGUUGCACUUGGUUUGGCUUUAAUGAUGCCAUUGUGAUUCAACGUGCAAAAGGCAUUUGAGAGCUAUAGCUACAAUUUUCAAUGAAUAAAGACUUCCAGUUCCUCACACAAAGCUCUUUGAUGGCAUUAUAAGACUUGGAAUACAGUGCCCAGUCAUAUGGAAUACAUUUAAGGUGCUUUUAUUGUCAGUAUUUGAAGCUUAACAUGGAACAGAGCAACUCAGCAAUUCUUCAAAGUGUCUUUUGUGUUUCAUGAAAGAAAGUAAGUCAUAUGGUUUUGGAAUGGGUGAGGGUGCAUAAAUGUUGAGUGAAUUUUAUGGGACGUUACAGUCUCUUUAACACCUUAUUCUGAUGUCUUUGUUUCUUAAACUUUUAAAAUCUUUUAAGUGACUGACUGAUAGCAAAAUGCAGUGUUUACUCUGAAAAAUUCUUUGUGAAACAUGACAGAAUGCCCUUUUACAAAGGCAAAAUCUUUGCUGAUAACACACAGCAUUUUUUUUUUGUUUUUACGAAACUGCUGCAAGUUAAAUAAAAAAAAGAAGGAAACCUAGACCGCAAGAAAAGAACAUUAUUUUGACACUAGCGUCUUAAUAAGCAUAGCAAACGUUUUGUUAAAAACAGGUGGUGUGCCCCAGCAGUAUGCAUGUACUGGUAAAACAGUAGGUAAGAUAUUAAUUGGAAUGUAAAUGGAUUAAUAAUAGCGUGUUUCGGUGUAUAUUAUGACUUUUUCCAGAUUAAAUAGUGCACAUUAGGCUAAUAUGAAAAAAGGAUGCUACUUUAAUUGUUUUAUUUAACUUUUAGGUGCUCUAAUGGUUAAAAUGUUCACUUCUGAACUUGGAUCUACAGUAUAUCUCUGAGCAAUAAUGUCGAACCUUUGACUUUGAGAGCUAUACAGCAUCGAUUUACUGUUAGACUCCCAAAAAAAACUCCACAUAAUGAUCAUCAAGAGGGUUUGCACUUCUUUAAGUGAGAUAGCACAAGUUUAUCUGAUAACUGACUCCAGAUCAGCUGCUCAAGGUCAAAGGUAAAUUACUGUAUGCACAGUCACAAUUUUUCAUAGCGAUAUAAAGCUCAAAUGCUCUGUUUCCAUUCAUACUAGAUCACACUGCAUCUGCAUCGAGAUCUACAAAAAAAAUUACUGUAUAUUUCAAGUUUCUCGUCUGUAUAAAGAGAAUAUGGUGUUUUCCCCUUAUGAUGUAAGGUGCUUUGUGCGUGUUGGGUAACGAUUUUAUAGCUGAAAGAUGUGAUGUACUGUGAUUGGGUAAUAAAGAAAAGCUUUAAAGUCACAAUUGCAUUUUUAACUGUAUUUUCUCCGAUUGAGUGGAGACUUGUGCUUCAAUGAUAUGGGUUUUUCAA